AAACAAUCUAAUUUCCCACAAAAAAUGUUUACGCAAACGCAACAACAACAACAAAAUAAAUUACGCCAUCACUGCUCCGUACUUAACUACAUGUUGGCUUGUGUUUACUACUUAAUCGACGAAGAUAUAAUAUAUAUUACCACAAAUAUUAAAGAAUGAUUUGAAUUCUUUUCAAACGUUUGGCACUCUGGUAGUUGUGCAUGGCGUAACUUAAACUUAAUCUGCUCGUAAUAAUCUCCUGACCGUUUUUAAUUGUACGUGUAAACACAUAUUACUGCAUUUGGAAUUUGAACAUAUACUAUGCCACCAAAUAGUUAGAAAAUUCAAACGAUAUAUUAUAAAUUUCGAAUAAACAUAAAAUAUAUUAUACUAUUAAAUGGUUAUUCAGAAAAGAUGAAUGAAAAUUUAUUUUAUUAAUACUAUCUUUCAAGGAAAUAUUUCUAUUUUAGUUUAAUCUGGUAUAACAAAUAAUGUGUUUUGGAUAAUAAUACGGAUAUUUUAAUUCUUUUCAUAAUUUCAAAUAACAAGUUUUAAUAAUAUUCAUAAAAUUCAAUAAAAUUACAAAAUGUUGUGGAAAAGUAGAGGUCAAACAGAAGCAACGGAUUGAGAUACAGUCGUUGUACCAAUAUUUGAAGAUAGGAUGGUUUUGCAGAAAGUUACUGGACGUUUUUUGAAAGGUUUCAGUAAUGUGGCAGUUAGACAAUGUAAUUGUAAUAACAACAAGAUUCAAAAUCGACUGUAUGCUACAGUAUCAAGGCUUACACCUCAAGAGGUUACUACUAUUUUACAAGCCAAUGAAUUUACCAAAGAAUUUACUGGUUCAUCUUCUGUGAAGUAUUACGAUUCUAAUCAGUUGGCAUCUAAUAAUCCUAUAGAGGAUACACGAUCUGAAGCACAAUGUUUAUUGACUAAAGGUUUAUUAUUGGGUGUAUUCGAUGGUCAUGGUGGUGGUGCCUGUGCACAAGAUCUAAUUCAAACUGGAUCUACAAAAGAGUUUCAAAUGGAAGCAGCGCUGGAAAAUGCAUUUGUCAGACUAGAUAAUGAUUUAUCCAAUGAAGCUUUAUUAAAUUUACAUAAUAAAGAUUCAGUAAGAACACUCGCAGUUGCUAUGUCAGGAGCUGUAGCAGCUGUAGCACAUAUAGAUGGUCCACAUUUGCACGUUGCUGGUGUUGGAGAUUGUCAAGCAGUGCUUGGUGUACUCUCAGAAAAUGAUGUGUGGUCAGCAAAAGUGUUGACUACAGAACAUAAUAGUGAUAAUCGAGCAGAAGUUGAAAGAAUUUUGUCAGAGCAUCCGUUGCAAGAGAAAUCUACUGUGAUAAAAAUGGAACGACUACUUGGGCAAUUAGCACCUCUUCGUUCUCUUGGAGAUUUUCAAUAUAAGUGGAAUAAAAUGAUCAUGAAGCAAGUAGUAGUGCCAAUGUUUGGUGAAAAUGCAAUACCACCAAAUUAUCAUACACCACCGUACUUAACAGCAAAACCUGAAGUAAAGUAUCAUAGGUUGACACCUAGAGAUAAGUUUCUUAUAAUAGCGAGCGAUGGAUUGUGGGAUUUAAUAUCACCUUUACAAGCUGUACGAUUGGUAGGAGAACAUAUUAGUGGGAAAGUUACAUUAAAUCCAUUAAGAUUACCUCGAAAAAACAUGAAGUUAUCUGAUAUUAAUGAAAUGUUACUUCAGCGUAAAGAAGGCUUAAAAAAGAAACCUCUCGAUAGUAAUGCAGCAACACACUUAUUGAGAAAUGCUCUUGGUGGUACAGAAUUUGGUAUUGAUCAUGGAAAAUUAUCACAAUUAUUAACUUUACCAAGUAAAGUUGUACGAAUAUUUCGUGAUGAUAUAACAGUAACUGUCGUUUAUAUGGACUCUGAAUUUUUAAGGCACUGCCCACCAUGACUCUACGUAUCUUGUUAUUUUUCUACAAGUUACAGAAAAAAAUUUAAUCCGUUGUAAAUUCUCUCUUUAUUACAAUGUAUAGAUUGUUAUUUAUGCCAAUAACAAUAAUAAACAUGAUUUACACGGGAAUAGUGUUCUUAUUUUAUCAGUUGU